GGUACUUUGGUUAUCAGAUUUUUUUAAGGUUUUUUGUCUUUAAUUUUUUCUUCUGUCUUCCUCUUUUAUACCACAAUAUACUCUUUGGAUCAUUUCAUAAAGAUACGAUACGGAAUAAUUUAUGGAUAUAUCGCAAUUAUUAACCGACUGGUUUUCUUCUGAAAAAUCAGGAGUCGAACCUUCAUUUCUGGCUUAUGUCUUGUUAUAUCUAAACAAAACAUCAACAGGAAUCAAUGAUAUGCUGCACCUCUUGGCCAAUUUUUGGGAAAAAGGAGACGCUAUGAGUAGAACAAAAUGUAUUGAACUUUUAGCGCAAUGUCUAGGUCCAAGCCAGGCGACUCUUAAUGCUUCGACGAAUAGCGCCAUUAUCCAGUUUGUCGGCGAACGUCUCAAUGAUCCAACACUUAUUCCUCGAUUUAUCGAUAUUUUGUCCAUAAUAAUGCAUUCAGACAGCAUCACUGGGUCCGUUGCUAUACAAAUAUGUAAUUUGUUAUUUACUAUCAAAGUGAAGAAAUUGCCACAACAGAGUAGAUACAAAAUUUUGAUCAUUCUUGCUAAAGUUUUGGAAGAUUAUGCGAGGGAAACACAACGCGCAAAAAUCAGUUUUAUUAGUGGUUUCAUCAAUUGCAUGGACGGGGAGAAGGACCCUCGCAAUUUAAUGGUUGCAUUCGAAUUAGUACGGGCUAUCAUUGAUCGAUUCGAUAUCUCACGUCACAUUGAAGACUUGUUCGACGUUGUCUUUUGUUAUUUCCCUAUAAGCUUUCAGCCGCAUCCCAGCAGCAACAAUAAUCGACACUCGAACCCGUUUGGCGUAUCAACAGAAGAUCUCAAAGAUAGCCUACGACGAUGUUUAGCAGCGACACCCUAUUUUGCGUAUUACGCUACCCCUUUGCUCAUUGAGAAGCUAUUAACGACAGAAGGGAGUGCAAAGAAAGAUGCAAUGGAAACCAUCAGCUUAUGUGCUCCUGCAUACGGCGCACAUGCUAUUUUGCCCCACGCGCUGAAUCUAUUUGACGCUUUAAUGAAAGAAGUGUACGGAGAAGUAGAUCCUGCCAUGGUGAACGCAGCACUUGAGACCAUACAUAAUGUGGUGGCAACGUUGGGUACGGGUAUCACGAUCGCCAAUAUUCGGGAUCCAGUUGAAAAAGCCAUUGAUACCCUACUGACAAAAUGCGUCGAAGAACUAAAAGAACCAGAGUCGAAGAAAGCGAGGUCAGCGGCCUAUAUACUGAGAUCAGCAGCCUCAGCCUCUGAUCCGGCAUGCACUUCGGUGACACAUGUAGCUUUGCCAAUCAUUUUACAGCAGUACGAUGUGCAUUCGUCCGUUCUUCGACGUAAAUCAGUAUUGGAUAUUAUGACAGAACUGUUGAUAGGAAGUAAAAAGUUAUAUGGUUCAGUGGAAGAUGUUGGAUAUGAUCGUGAUUUUCAAACGCCUUUUCUUAUGUACAAACAGCAAAUCUUACAGAUGUAUUUAUUGUCUCUCACGGAUACGAACUCAACUGACGUCGCUUUACGUCAGGCAAGUCUCAAAGGCAUACACGAAAUGGUUUUGAUGAAGCAAUUUCUGAAAGGAGAAGAGGUUCAUGUGGUUAUUGAUCUCCUUACACAGCAACUUACGGGUGAAGACGAGAAACUUAGACAGCUUGCAUUAUCUACCUUCGGCAUCAUUGCCAAAUUAUACCCUGAAGAUCUCAGUCAGCGUACUUUCCCUAUUUUGUUAGAACAGUUAAAAGCAGAACAUAAUUAUAAUACGACAGAUACAUAUCAAUUUGCUUUGAAUGCAGUCCGAACUUUGGGGGCUCAUCCUGCCGUCUUUAAAAUCAUUGUUCCUACCUUGUUAGAUAAGUUGAAUUAUGCUUGCGAAACAAUAGGCCAUCAAAACAUAGCUUAUGUACACGAUAUUGCUUCUGCUAUGCUACACACUUACAAAGGUGCCUCCAAGGACUGCGAAAUUUCACUCAUUGGACAAAAGACAAUAGUGCCAACUCUCUUUUCAAAAUGUAUCCAAUCCUCUAUGGGCUCUGGCACCUGGUAUUUGGACGACUUUUUGGUCGAAGUCUUUGCUAUGAUGACAGCUAUUACAACACGACUCUCCUCGUCAAGUGAACAACAAGUAGCUGUUGAUGACAGUUACAAAUGUUUUGUACAAGGAGAUCUCAGUAAAUACGGCGCGCAUAUGAACAAAGGCACGUCCUCUGUGUCCUUUAAACCGUUUCAAGAUAUAACAGCAGUCGAUAUCACAUUAUUGUUCACUGCUAUAGUGGGAAAUUGUUGCAAAAAUGUUCACUUACCGCUCAGCGAUAUGCCCAAUUUUCUUCAAGGGCUGAUACAAACAGCCUUACAAACAACAUCAUGCGCUAAACGACUGGCACUGGUCAAAUUGGCUGCUUCUAUUAUUAACAAAUGGAUAAAUGAUGACAUCCUCAAUUGUAUUCAGAGAUGCAUUUCAGAACAUCUAUCAGCAGCACUUGCUGCCUCCACUCGGCUAGAAGAUAGAAAAACUGCCUUUCUUCUAUUGAUCUGGAUUAUCAAGUCUCUUGUCGUUAGAGCACAUAAACACGGGUUCGAGCUAUUAGAUGAUGUGAUCAAACAAUGCGGUUGCGUAGAUCUAGGCACUGAAGCGGCGGAGAGUUUUAACAUCUUGUUAAAGCAGGAUGAACUCGUUCUAAAUAAAGCCUCUCACGCGACUGUUUCUAUUUUGUUCAAACAAAGAGUCUAUAAUUAUUGCUUCAGAAAAUUAAUGAACGGCGCUGAAGCUGUUGAUAUCCGUAAACCAGAAUUGAAAAAUAAUUACCUUUUAGCCAUAGUUUACAUUUUACAAAAUAUUCCUAAUCAGUUCGCGAUCAAUGAAAGUGCAAAGUUGAUGCUACCGAUCAUUGAUGCUUUAUCAUCGCACGACAACAACCUAAUACGAGCAACAAUGAAGGUAGCACAGCAGAUUGUCCCAGAGGCACAGGAUCUGGUCGUGCAACAUUUGGGAUCGCUUAUUCAUGCGCUUCUCAGACUGACUCAGCUGGAGACUGCUGUGGAUAUUCGCAUUUCAGCCUUGCUUUGUCUUUGUGAAAUAGCAGCAAAAGGCAAACCGGCUAAUCUGUCGCCAUUUAGGCCGUCAGUUAUACAAGAAUUAGCAAUGGCACUGGAUGAUAAGAAACGUGUGGUACGGCGGAACGCUGUGGACUGUAGGGAAAGAUGGUUUGCCAUUGGCAAACAAUAAAAUUUUACUUCUAGAAGAUACAACAGAUAUCCCCAGAAAGUCGAAGAAAUUACACGCUUUGAUUUUGUGUGUGUCGUGAUAUUUCUAUUAUACAAUGAUUAUGAAGAAGCGAAAAAGUAUUCGACAAUAUUUGGUACCAGAGAGGUACACUACGCACUGUUUUGAAUCUAUUUCAGUUCCAUAAGCUUGCCAAAGUAGUCCCUAUUGAAUCGAGUGACAUACUCUAUCUCUAUUUCUUUUCUCACUCCAAUGUCAAUAAACCACAAACUCGGUAAUCACGGGCAUGUGCUUCAAUGUUACGAAAUCCUUUGUUUGCUUGCAAUAUAUUUUUAUUUUCUAAAAUCACCAUAUGGCUCGACA